CACACACACACAUAAAUAUAAAUAAUAGACAAUUUUAGAGAGAGAUAAAGCUCUUGGAGAAGGAGAGUUAACUAAAGUUUCUAGAGAGAGAAAGCUCGUCUAAGCUCUCUCUCUCUCUAUCCCUUUCUUCCCCCUUUGUUCGUCCGGUUCUGUGGUUUGCUCGUUCUGAUUUGGUCCUCAAGAUCUAGUUAAAUUAACGGUGAUAUUUGUGGGUUUGGAAUAGAAGACGGGGCGGUCAAGAUGUCGUCGCUUAGUAGAGAGCUCGUUUUCCUGAUCUUACAGUUUCUAGACGAGGAAAAGUUCAAAGAGACUGUUCACAAGCUAGAACAGGAAUCUGGGUUUUUUUUUAAUAUGAAGUAUUUUGAGGAUGAGGUUCACAAUGGUAAUUGGGAUGAGGUUGAGAAGUACCUUUCUGGGUUCACAAAAGUAGACGACAAUCGGUAUUCCAUGAAAAUCUUUUUCGAGAUAAGGAAGCAGAAGUAUCUCGAGGCUCUGGAUAAGCAUGAUCGGUCCAAGGCUGUGGAUAUAUUGGUGAAAGAUUUGAAGGUUUUUGCCACAUUUAACGAGGAACUCUUUAAGGAAAUCACUCAGCUCUUGACAUUAGAUAAUUUUAGAGAGAAUGAACAACUAUCAAAGUAUGGAGACACGAAGUCUGCCAGGGCAAUCAUGUUGGUUGAGCUCAAGAAGCUGAUCGAAGCAAAUCCUUUAUUCCGUGACAAACUGCAGUUCCCCCAACUCAAGAAUUCUAGGCUGAGGACCCUUAUUAAUCAAAGCUUAAAUUGGCAGCACCAACUUUGUAAGAACCCAAGACCUAAUCCAGAUAUAAAAACUCUUUUUGUGGAUCACUCAUGUGGACAACCAAACGGGGCGCGUGCUCCAUCGCCUGCAAAUAAUCCUUUGCUUGGAGCAUUACCAAAAGCUGGAGGCUUUCCGCCUUUGGGUGCACAUGGGCCUUUUCAACCUGCACCAGCUCCAGUUCCAACACCUCUCGCAGGUUGGAUGUCCAAUCCUUCCACCGUUGCUCAUCCUGCUGUUUCUGGAGGAGGGGCUAUUGGUCUAGGUGGUCCGUCAAUUCCAGCUGCAUUGAAGCAUCCAAGGACUCCUCCUACUAAUCCUUCUGUCGACUAUCCAUCAGGGGAUUCUGAUCAUGUUUCUAAAAGAACAAGGCCUAUGGGAAUUACUGAUGAGGUAAAUCUGCCCGUAAACAUGCUGCCAGUAUCAUUUCCGGGACAUGCUCACAGUCAGGCUUUUAUUAAUGCGCCUGAUGAUUUGCCAAAAACUGUCACACGGACUUUAAAUCAGGGUUCAUCACCUAUGAGCAUGGAUUUUCAUCCUGCUCAGCAGACUCUACUUCUUGUUGGUACCAACGUGGGGGACAUAGGGUUGUGGGAAGUUGGAUCAAGGGAGAGGUUGGUUCUGAAGAACUUUAAAGUCUGGGAUCUUAGUACCUGUUCAAUGCCUUUGCAGGCUGCCUUAGUUAAGGAACCUGGUGUUUCUGUCAACCGUGUUAUUUGGAGCCCUGAUGGUUCGUUAUUUGGUGUUGCAUAUUCUAGGCACAUUGUUCAAAUAUAUUCUUAUCACGGGAAUGACGACGUAAGACACCAUCUGGAGAUUGAAGCUCAUGUUGGUGGAGUGAAUGAUUUGGCAUUCUCCCACCCGAAUAAACAACUUUGUGUUAUUACUUGUGGUGAUGACAAGACUAUCAAGGUUUGGGAUGCUGCUACCGGUGCAAAACAGUACACCUUUGAAGGUCACGAGGCUCCUGUUUAUUCUGUCUGCCCCCACUAUAAGGAAAAUAUUCAGUUUAUCUUUUCAACAGCCCUAGAUGGAAAGAUCAAAGCAUGGUUGUAUGACAAUCUGGGAUCUCGAGUUGACUAUGAUGCUCCUGGCCGCUGGUGCACGACCAUGGCAUACAGUGCAGACGGUACAAGACUUUUUUCAUGUGGGACGAGUAAAGAUGGGGAGUCAUUUAUUGUUGAAUGGAAUGAAAGUGAAGGGGCUGUCAAGAGGACUUAUCAAGGAUUCCGCAAGCGUUCUUUGGGUGUUGUGCAAUUUGAUACAACUAAAAAUCGGUUUUUGGCUGCUGGUGAUGAUUUCUCUAUUAAGUUCUGGGAUAUGGACAAUGUUCAACUUUUGACAACUGUUGAUGCUGAUGGAGGACUUCCUGCGAGCCCCCGCAUCCGAUUUAACAAGGAUGGAACUCUCUUGGCUGUUUCUGCUAAUGACAAUGGGAUCAAGAUUUUGGCAAAUACAGAUGGAAUUAGGUUGUUGCGCACUUUCGACAAUCUUUCUUAUGAUGCAUCAAGGACAUCUGAGACUGUGACAAAGCCUACAGUAGGCGCAAUUUCAGCUGCUGCUGCCGCGGCAUCUGCUGCUACCAGUGCUGGACUUUCCGAGAGAGCUUCAUCUGUGGUUACAAUUGCUGGAAUGAACGGCGAUGCCCGAAACUUGGGAGAUGUGAAACCUCGAAUAGCUGAAGAAUCUAAUGACAAAUCAAAAAUCUGGAAGCUCACUGAAAUCAGUGAACCAUCUCAGUGUCGGUCCUUGAGGCUCCAGGAAAACCUGAGAGUGACCAAGAUAUCGAGGUUAAUCUAUACAAAUUCCGGGAAUGCUAUUUUAGCAUUGGCAUCAAAUGCUAUUCAUUUGCUAUGGAAAUGGCAGCGUAGUGACCGUAAUUCUACCGGCAGAGCGACAGCCAGUGUAUCACCUCAAUUGUGGCAACCAACAAGUGGCAUUCUAAUGACUAAUGAUGUUGCUGAUACUAAUCCUGAAGAGACUGUGCCUUGCUUUGCUUUGUCCAAAAAUGAUUCUUAUGUAAUGUCAGCAUCUGGAGGAAAGAUCUCCCUUUUCAAUAUGAUGACGUUUAAGACAAUGACAACUUUCAUGCCACCACCACCUGCGGCAACGUUUCUUGCCUUUCAUCCUCAAGAUAACAAUAUUAUUGCUAUUGGAAUGGAUGAUUCUACAAUUCAGAUAUACAAUGUGCGCGUAGAUGAGGUAAAGAGCAAGCUGAAAGGCCACUCUAAACGGAUUACUGGCCUAGCUUUCUCUCAUGUACUGAAUGUGCUAGUUUCAUCUGGAGCAGAUGCUCAGAUUUGUGUGUGGAGCUCUGAUGGUUGGGAAAAGCAGAGGAACAGAUUCUUGCAGAUUCCAUCAGGAAGGACGCCAUCAUCUCAGUCAGACACGCGUGUACAGUUUCAUCAGGACCAGAUACACUUCCUCGUUGUGCACGAGACUCAGCUUGCUAUAUAUGAAGCGACAAAGCUAGAAUGCGUAAAGCAGUGGAUCCCACGUGAAUCUGCGGCAUCAAUCUCUCAUGCUACAUUCUCGUGCGACAGCCAGCUCGUAUACGCCAGCUUUUUAGAUGCCACUGUCUGUGUAUUUGGUGCUGCCAAUCUCAGACUACGAUGUCGUAUCACUCCUUCUGCAUAUCUUCCUGCUAAUAUCAGUUCUAGUGUACAGCCAUUGGUGAUUGCCGCCCAUCCACAAGAAGCAAAUCAGUUUGCGUUGGGACUAUCAGAUGGUGGGGUUCAUGUCUUUGAGCCUCUUGAAUCUGAGGGCAAAUGGGGUGUGCCUCCACCGGCUGAAAACGGGUCAACAAGCAGUGUGCCAGCUACUCCGGUUGGAGGCGCAGCUUCCGAGCAAGCUCAAAGAUGAUCAAAUGCCUGCAAGACUUACAAGCUCUUUUACAUGCUUGGCUUGCGGGCUCAUUCCGUAUUUAGUUCGUGGUUCAUGAUAUGUAAUUUUCUUGCUGAAGUUCAUGAUAUGUAAUUUACUCAAGGAACGAUGUGCAAAGAUCUAGAUUAAACAAUUUGGGUCCAAAUUCGUGUAAGGUAAACGUUUGUAGGGAGUACGUUACGAUUUUUUUUUUUUUUUUCUUUAACCUUGUUUGAAUAUCACUGCUGUUUUACAUUUCAGAUUACUUAGACAUUUCGUGUUCUUUUGUCAUUUUUGUUCGACAAAUCCAUAUGUGGAGGAAGCUCUCCGUUUCUCCUA